GAUGCAUAAUUAUUUUCGCAAUUUACUUCAAAAUCGUGUAUUUUCUGUGGCACUUGGAUCAGUUCGAAAUAAAUAUAAAUAUGUUGGAAUGAUUGAAGAAUCCGAUGGAACGCUUAAAGGUGACAUUAAAGCAGGGAUGGAGCGAGUUAUGCUUAAGGAAUUGAUUCAAGGUUUUGCCCACGUUUUUGGACACAUGUUUAUGGAGCCGGCAACAAUCAACUACCCUUUUGAGAAGGGUCCGCUUAGCACCCGUUUCCGAGGAGAACAUGCACUUCGUCGCUAUCCUUCAGGCGAAGAACGUUGUAUUGCUUGUAAAUUGUGUGAGGCUAUAUGCCCUGCCCAGGCAAUAACAAUCGAGACUGAAACACGUCCAGACGGUAGUCGACGAACAACACGUUAUGAUAUUGAUAUGACAAAAUGUAUUUAUUGUGGAUUGUGUCAAGAAGCUUGCCCUGUUGAUGCUAUUGUUGAGGGUCCAAACUUUGAAUAUUCAACAGAAACACACGAAGAAUUACUUUACAAUAAAGAAAAGCUUUUAUCAAAUGGUGAUCGUUGGGAGCCAGAAUUGGCAGCAAAUUUGCAAGCAGAAUUUUUGUAUAGAUAAAUUUGGGAUGAAAAUAAUAUUUUGAAAAAUUAGAAAAAUUUUAUUUGUUUGUUUGAAAAAUAUUUUAGGUUUUUUUGAUAAAAUUUUUGUUUCUUUCUUAAUUUUUUAUAUUUUAAUUGGUUUUUUAAAUCCAAAAUUUUUUUUAAUAUUUUGAGGUUUUUAAAAUUUUAAACUUAUUUUUCUUUUUAGUUCUCUUUUUCAUAUGCUUUAUUUUUCUAUUUUUGGAAUGGCUUAUUUUGACGCUCGCAAUUUUUAAAGUGUUUUUAAUGGCUAUUAAUUUUGUUGAUGCCUAGCUUGUGGUUUAACUAUGUCUAGGUUCUAAUCUGCCAGCGUUUGUUUUUUUCUUAAUUUUUUUUUGAAAAAAUUUUUCAAAUUUUUGGAUCGGUUGUUUUUUUAAUUUGUGGAUUUUUAGAAUUUUUUUAAAAAUUUUAGAAAUUUUUAUUUUUUUUUGGAGAAAAUUUGAAGUUAUUUUUUGG